AUGGCAGUCAGCUGGUGGUACCAGCUUAUAUCAUUACAACUGUUUGCAAAAGAUCUUGCAAAUUCUAUUCAGAGGGGAAGUUUGGACUGGGAAAGAGCUUUGCGUUGUAUAAGACAUGCUCUUCGUACUACUCCAUCACCUGACUGGUGGAAGCGUGUGCUCGUUGUGGCUCCUUGCUAUAGGAAUCCUGCUCAUGGGCCUACACCUGGUGCUGUUUUCACUUCUAGUAUGAUUUGUGAGGCAACUAUUGAUAGAAUUGUGGAACUGUUGAAGCUGACAAAUUCAGGCAAUUAUUUCUUCCUUUGGUUUUUGCACUUUCUUCUAUUCUUAUAUAAUGCACUCAAGGAUCGCUUACUCUUCAUGAUGUUUCUUCAUCGACUGCCUGGUAGGAUUGUUCAAGUUGGGUGCAUUGAUUUUAUUGAUUUUGUGGACAAACUGGUUUCAAGGCUAAUAGAGGGUGAUCAGCAUAUUGUUCGAACGAAUCAUGUUACUUGGCUGUUUGCACAAAUUAUUCGGAUUGAGCUUGUGAUGAAUGCAUUAAACACAGAUGCUAGAAAGGAUUGUGGUUUAGUCAUGAAGUUUUUGGUGCUUGAUUUUCAACCUGUCACACUCAAUCUUGGGCAUUGCAAUUUUGCUGGCAGAGAAAAGAAAGAAGGUUGCAACAGAAGUUUAUGGUGCAAUAAGGGUGAGCUCACGAGGGAUCGGAUGUUGGAUUACAUGAAUAUGGAUGACAGAUCAAUUGGAAUGUUUUGGGUUGUGUCCUACACCAUGGCUCAGCCAGCUUCUGAAACAGUGGUGAACUGGUUGUCCUCAGCUGGAGUUUCUGAAUUGUUAACUGGAACAAAUAUGCAGUCUAAUGAGAGAUUAACGGUGAUGAGGGAAGUAAGCCCUUUGCCUAUGUCACUAUUAUCUGGACUUUCCAUGAACCUGUGUUUAAAGUUGGUGUUUCAAAUGGAAGAUUCUUUAUUUGCCGGGCAGGUUGUUCCCAACAUUGCAAUGGUUGAAACAUAUUGUCGCUUGCUGCUCAUUGCACCUCACUCACUGUUUCGUUCACACUUCAGUGUAUUUCUCUUUACCCUUGCUUCUGGAAGUAACAUCUGCCAACUCCUUCCUGUGAAGCUAUUCUUUUUCCUUGAAACCAGUGAUAAUUUUGCUCAAUGUAUUGAAAUUGAUGAGGUAUCAAGGGAAAAGCAAAACCUUGAUGGGCCCACUGAAUUUACUGAAACUUUGAAUCGUGUAACUAUAGUCAGUCUUGCCAUCAUCAUAAAAACUCGUGGAAUUGCUGAUGCUGAUCACAUGCUUUAUCUUCAAACUAUUUUAGAACCGAUAUUGGCAACCAGCCAACACACAUGGUCAAAAAAAACAUUAAGCUACUUCCCUCCUCUACUUCGUGAUGCUUUGAUUGGAAGAAUAGAUAAAAGGGGUUUGACUAUUCAAGCUUGGCAACAGGCUGAAACAACAGUGAUUAACCAAUGUACCCAGCUGCUCUCUCCGUCAGCUGAUCCUCCUUAUGUUAUGACAUAUAUCAAUCAUAGUUUCCCCCAACACCGACAAUAUCUAUGUGCUGGUGCAUGGAUACUGAUGCAGGGACACCCUGAAAACAUUAAUAGUGGAAAUCUGGCACGUGUUUUGAGGGAAAUUUCCCCUGAAGAAGUGACAGCGAAUAUAUACACAAUGGUGGAUGUUCUGCUUCAUCACAUUCACGUGGAACUUCAGCAUGGGCAUUCCUUACAGGACCUUUUAUUGAAAACUUGUGCAAACUUGGCCUUCUUUGUUUGGACUCAUGAGUUGCUCCCAUUGGAUAUUUUGCUUCUGGCACUUACUGACCGUGAUGAUGAUCCCCAUGCUUUGCAUAUUGUGAUUAGCUUGCUUGAUAGGCAGGAACUUCAAUCAAGAGUGAAACUAUUUUGUAUGAAUCGUGGGCCUCCUGAGCAUUGGAUUUACUCAGGACUGUUCAAACGACUCGAAUUGCCAAAGGCACUUGGAAAUCAUCUAUCAUGGAAGGACAGAGGUACCACUAAAGACACCAAUAGCCUUUGGUGUUAUCCUGGAGUGAAGGAUCAAAGACAUGCUAAGAAUACAAUCUUGUCUCAAAUCAGGAGGGAGGACAGUGUUAUCCUGGAAGAUUCUGGAGUCAUGCUCACCCCAUAUGAUCCCAAAAGAAGUGACAGUGUCAAGAAAGCUUAUCCAUCUUGGUAUCCCACAUUUUUUGAUGACAUUGCAGCACGCUUGCUUCCAGUCAUCCCAUUAAUUGUUUAUAGACUUAUUGAGAAUGAUGCCAUAGAUUCAGCAGAUAGAGUUCUGGCCAUGUAUUCUCCACUUUUGGCUUAUCACCCCUUAAGAUUCACAUUUGUUCGUGAUAUACUUGCCUACUUCUAUGGCCAUCUUCCUGGAAAGCUCGUUGUGCGGAUACUGAAUGUACUUGAUCUCAAUAAGAUCCCAUUUUCCGAGUCAUUCCCACAGCACAUUAGUUCACCGAACCCUGUUAUCUGCCCGCCCCCAGAGUAUUUUGCAACACUUUUGUUAGGGCUUGUGAAUAAUGUGAUACCCCCAUUAAAUACCAACUCCAAGUAUGGAUCAGUCGGAGAUGCUUCAAAUAAUUCAGGGCGCAAUCCACAUACCAAGACUUCAGCAGCCUCUCAGUCUGGACCAACGAGUGCUUCUGAGGGUCAAAAGGCAUUCUAUCAAAUCCAGGAUCCUGGAACUCAUACACAACUGGUUCUUGAAACAGCGGUCAUAGAAUUACUCUCACUUCCAAUAACUGCAUCACAAAUUAUCCCCUCUCUAGUUCAGAUUGUUGUUAAUAUACAGCCGACUCUAAUUCAAUCAAGCAACGGAGUUCCAAAUGGUUUGGGACAAGGAUCAGUUUUGCCAACGUCGCCUUCUGGGGGAAGUUCUGAUUCACUAGGUGGAAGCAGAUCAACCCCUUCGGUUUCAGGAAUCAAUACUUCAAAUUUUGUUUUACGAAGCGGUUACACCUGCCAACAACUAUCUUGCUUGUUGAUCCAAGCUUGUGGUCUCUUACUAGCUCAGCUCCCUCCUGAUUUUCAUGUUCAACUUUAUAUGGAGGCAUCACGUAUUAUAAAAGAGAGUUGGUGGCUUACUGAUGGCCAAAGGUCCCUUGGGGAGUUAGACUCUGCUGUUGGCUAUGCUUUGUUGGAUCCAACAUGGGCUGCUCAGGACAACACCUCAACAGCCAUUGGUAACAUAAUUGCCCUGCUACAUUCGUUCUUUAGUAACCUCCCACAGGAAUGGCUGGAAGGAACGCAUGUUAUCAUUAAACAUCUCAGGCCAAUAACAUCAGUUGCAAUGUUGAGGAUAGCAUUCCGUAUAAUGGGUCCAUUGCUCCCAAGACUUGCUAAUGCCCACACACUCUUCAAUAAGACCCUCUCAAUGCUUUUAAAUACAAUGGUCGAUGUUUUUGGGAGGAAUUCACAGACAUCAACUGCUGUUGAAGCAUCAGAAAUUGCAGAUCUCAUUUACUUUCUCCAUCAUAUUGUCCAUUAUGAAGGGCAGGGAGGUCCUGUCCAGCCCAACAGCAAGCCUAAAGCAGAGGUUCUUGCCCUUUGUGGGAGGGCAGCAGAAAGUCUACGUCCAGAUUUACAACAUCUUCUUUCCCAUUUGAAACCUGAUUUGAAUUCUUCAAUAUAUGCUGCCACUCAUCCAAAGCUGGUCCAGAAUCCCUCAUGA